AUGGCGAAUCAGGUUCAUCGUGAACUCAGACCUGAAGAAAGCAUUUCCAGUCCCUAUUUUCUACAUCCAGGUGAAAAUCCCUCACUGAUUCUUGUUAGUAAUGUGUUGAUUGAUGGAAAUUAUCAUGUAUGGUUUAGAGCAAUGAGAAUGGCUCUUUUAUCUAAAAACAAAUACAAAUUUGUUGAUGGUACAAUACCAGUGCCUCUUAAAACUGAUCCUAUUCAUGAAGUAUGGGAACGAUGUAAUACAAUGGUUGUCUCUUGGAUAACUAGAUCACUUUCACCUACAAUUGCACAAAGCAUUUCUUCCAUGGACAAUGUUGUUGACAUUUGGAAUGAUCUCAGGGAAAGAUGUUUCCAGGGUGAUGCUACAAGGAUUGGUGAUCUUUAUGAGGAAAUUUAUGCUUUGAAGCAAAAUAAUAUGACAAUUACUGAAUAUUAUACUGUUUUGAAGUCUUAUUGGGAUGAAUUGAUGAAUAUGAGACCUAUACCUGCUUGUGUGUGUUUACAUAGAUGUCUUUGUGGAAUUGGAGAUAUUGUUAAGAGAUACUAUGAGAAUGAUCAGGUUAUCAAGUUCUUAAAAGGACUUAAUGAAAAAUUUUCACAAGUAAGGUCACAAGUUAUCAUGAUGGAACCUUUGGCCAAAAUCAACAAAGUGUUUUCCAUGGUAGCUCAGUGUGAGAGACAGUCUGGAUUAGUUCAUGCUGGUGUAAAUGAAUCUAAUGUUUUCUAUACUAGAGGCAAUUCUGCAGGAGGAAAUGAUAGUUACAAUACUGUCAAUGGAAAUAAUCAAAGUGAUAAUGUCUCAAUGACAAGUGAGGCAAAUGCUUUCUAUGCAAAGGGAAAAGGAGUAUUAGGGAUUGGACCUACAAAUUUUAAGAAGAACAGCUAUUUUAAUAGCAAGAAACAACAACAGUGCUCAUAUUGUGGAUUUACCAAUCAUACUGUGGAUAUAUGCUAUAAAAAGCAUGGUUAUCCACCUGGAUACCAAUUCAGGAACAAGUCAAGCAAUAUGGUGAAUCAGGUUGAUAUCAAUUCUGGUAAUCAAUCAUAUGGAGGCAGUGGAAAGAACUUCAUAUCUGAGAAUACUCAAUCAGAUUUCAGUAGAGCAGAUAAUGGAAAUAUGCAGUUUCCUUUCACUCAAGAACAAUAUGCCAAGAUCAUGUCUAUGAUUCAGCCAAAUGGUGAAGGUAGCUCCUCACCAAAUCAUGUCAAUGCCCUUUCAGUAACUUUCAAACCUGACUUUACUACAGGUAACAUUACUCAUACUUGUCUGCAAACUGCAACAAAUAUACAUGAUAAUUGGAUUGUUGAUACAGGAGCAACAUAUCACAUUAUCUGUUCUCUUGAUCUAUUUGACACAUUUAAGCCCAUAAAUGAUGUCAAAGUUAAUCUGCCCAAUGGCCAACAGGUUACAGUAAGUCAUAUUGGUGAAGUCAAAUUGACAGAAUCAUUGGUUUUACAUGAUGUACUAUAUGUGCCUGUGUUUAGUUUUAACUUGAUCUCAACAAGUAAACUAACAAACAAUCUUCAAAUUUGCCUAUUGUUUCAUGACUCUCUUUGUUAUAUCCAGGACAUAAUCAAAUGGAGGAUGAUUGGGCUAGCUAAGAAAAGAAAUGGCUUAUAUCAGUUAGAGAUUAAGAAAUUUCUAGUUUGUAAAAAGGUUUUUUCUGUCAGUAAUGCUUCUAAGAGUCUUUGGCAUCUCAGAUUAGGACAUUUGUCAAAUGCCAGACUCAAAACUCUACAAGAAAUAGAUUCUUCUAUAUCUUGUUCAUCUUCUGAUGAAUGUGACACAUGCCAUUUUUCAAAGCAAAAACGAUUAUCUUUUCCUUUAAGUGAAUCUGUCACUAAUGAUUCAUUUGAAUAA